UUGCCUGCUCAAGUCCUGAACAGCAGGAUUUUACUCGUGAUUGCUCUGGGUCGUUGGGGUUGAUAGUAAUAAGGGAUAGUGUCCUCAUUGGACAGAAAGACUGUAAAAGGAGCUGAAAAUCCCCACUUCAAUUGGGAGUUCUCUGGGAGGCCCAGGAGAUUUUAUUCUGCUGGUUUCCUUUUUUGAGUAUCUAUCCGAGCUUGAUACCUACUGGCUCUAAACUUCUGUGUCUCUAAGUGCACCUAUCCACGAACUGCAAUUAAUUGAAACAAGGAAUCAAAAAGGGGUUUCAGAAGACUGGAAGAAGAAUGCUCCGAGGUCGAUCAUUAUCUGUGACAUCCCUGAGUGGGCUUCCUCAGUGGGAAGCUGAAAAACUUCCUGUGGAGGAUUUACUGCUCUUUGAAGUUUCUUGGGAGGUAACCAAUAAAGUGGGAGGCAUCUAUACCGUGAUUCAGACAAAGGCCAAAACGACUGCAGAUGAAUGGGGAGAAAAUUAUUUUCUGAUAGGUCCAUACUUUGAGCAUAAUGUGAAGACUCAGGUGGAACAGUGUGAACCCGUGAAUGAUGCUGUCAGAAAAGCUGUGGAUGCAAUGAACAAGCACGGCUGCCAGGUGCAUUUUGGAAGAUGGCUGAUAGAAGGGAGUCCUUAUGUGGUGCUCUUUGACAUAGGCUAUUCGGCUUGGAAUCUGGACAGGUGGAAGGGUGACUUCUGGGAAGCAUGCAGUGUCGGAAUCCCUUAUCACGACCGAGAAGCCAAUGAUAUGCUCAUAUUUGGAUCUUUAACUGCCUGGUUCUUAAAAGAGGUGACAGAUCAUGCGGAUGGUAAACAUGUCAUUGCCCAAUUUCAUGAAUGGCAGGCUGGAACUGGACUGAUUCUUUCUCGAGCCAGGAAACUCCCUAUUGCCACAAUAUUUACAACACAUGCCACGCUACUCGGGAGGUAUCUCUGUGCUGCAAAUAUUGAUUUCUACAACCAUCUUGAUAAGUUUAACAUAGACAAAGAGGCUGGGGAAAGGCAGAUUUACCACCGCUACUGCAUGGAGCGAGCUUCUGUUCACUGUGCUCACGUGUUCACCACAGUUUCUGAAAUAACAGCAAUCGAAGCAGAACAUAUGUUGAAGAGAAAGCCUGAUGUAAUUACUCCAAAUGGCUUGAAUGUUAAGAAAUUUUCAGCAGUGCAUGAGUUUCAGAAUCUCCAUGCCAUGUACAAGGCCAGAAUCCAAGAUUUUGUUCGAGGUCAUUUUUAUGGUCAUCUGGACUUCGAUCUUGAAAAGACUUUAUUUCUUUUCAUUGCUGGGAGGUAUGAGUUUUCAAACAAAGGAGCCGACAUCUUCCUAGAAUCCUUAUCCAGGCUGAACUUCCUACUGAGGAUGCAUAAAAGUAACGUCACAGCAGUGGUGUUUUUCAUUAUGCCUGCCAAGACAAAUAAUUUCAAUGUGGAAACCCUGAAAGGACAGGCAGUGCGAAAACAGCUAUGGGACACUGUGCAUUCUAUGAAGGAAAAGUUUGGAAAGAAACUCUAUGAUGCAUUACUGAGAGGAGAAAUUCCUGACAUGAAUGAUAUUUUGGAUCGAGAUGACUUAACAAUUAUGAAAAGAGCCAUCUUUUCAACUCAGCGACAGUCUUUACCUCCUGUGACCACUCACAACAUGAUUGAUGACUCCACGGAUCCCAUCCUCAGCACCAUAAGACGCAUCGGGCUUUUCAACAGCCGUUCAGACAGAGUCAAGGUGAUUUUACACCCAGAGUUUCUGUCCUCCACCAGCCCCUUGUUACCCAUGGAUUAUGAAGAGUUUGUCCGAGGUUGUCAUCUUGGAGUUUUUCCAUCAUACUAUGAACCCUGGGGUUAUACUCCAGCUGAAUGCACCGUGAUGGGUAUCCCCAGUGUGACCACAAACCUCUCCGGCUUUGGUUGUUUCAUUCAGGAGCACGUGGCUGAUCCUACUGCUUAUGGUAUCUACAUUGUUGACAGGCGAUUCUGCUCUCCAGAUGAUUCUUGCAAUCAGCUGACUCAGUUUCUUUAUGGAUUUUGCAAGCAGUCACGCCGCCAAAGAAUCAUCCAAAGGAACCGAACUGAGAGGCUCUCAGAUCUUCUGGAUUGGAGAUACCUAGGGAGAUAUUACCAGCAUGCCAGGCACCUGACUCUAAGCAGAGCUUUUCCAGAUAAAUUCCAUAUGGAGCCUAUAUCACCACCAACGACAGAAGGGUUUAAAUAUCCCAGGCCUCUCUCAGUACCACCUUCACCAGCAGCGUCUCAGGCCUCCAGUCCUCAGAGCAGUGAUGUAGAAGAUGAAAAUGAGGAUGAGAGGUACAAUGAGGAAGAUGAGGCGGAGAGGGAUCGCCUAAAUAUCAAAUCGCCAUUCUCUCUGAACCACGCUCCUCAUGGGAAGAAAAAGCUGCAUGGAGAAUACAAGAACUGAAUUCCACACUAGCUGAGCAGAGCUCAUGUAGUGAGAGCGUGGUAAAUUUAAGAGGGAUCCAAGGACUGGCACUCUUCUAAUAAAGCCAACAACCACAGGAAAGAAGCCCCUGGAAGACAGAAAAAAAAAAAAAGGUUCUUAAAACUUACAUAUUUUCUGUUACCAAGAUCAAACACUAACAAAUAACUAAAAAGAAAGGAUGCCAUUAAAAAUGUGAAUGUUUUAGAGACUUCUAACUUAGAAUCAUGAAUUAUUAUAAAUGUAAUUAUUACAAACUUUUGACUAUUGUUUAAAAACCUGAGAAAGAGCAUAAUGAAGCUUAGCUGUGUUGUAAUGCUCUGAUUCUGCGUUAUCUUCAUUCAACUGCUAAAGAUUUUCUCAGCUAUGGUGAGUUGUGUGGGGUAAAACUGACCAAGAAAAAGGAGCUGUGGAGACCAUACGUGUAGAAUCAUGAAAAUAAUAAAAGCUAUCAUUUACUGAAUAAAUACUAAGUGCCAACAUUCAAUUAACACUGACAGACUACCUGCCAGAUGGUAAUUCUCAUAUUAUGUCACAUUUUUGGGUAAAAAUAGAAGCCCACAGAAGUUACAUAGUUUCUAACUAGUUUAACUCUAGAUCAGUUAAACUACCACUGUAUAGGAAGAGGGAAAUAGUUUAUUUAAAAAAAUGCACAGGGAAUAAACUUUCAGGUAUAUAGGGGUGAAAAUACUAGAGUGGACAGAAUUCAGGAAUGAGCAGUAAGAUUCAACUAUAAAUCUGCAGGAAAUCAACAUAUAUGGACUAAAAGAGUUAAAUAGAAAGUAGUAUCUUUUAUAUUAGAGAACUAGUUCUAUUGCUGAUGGUAUAUGUACAUGUUUCAAAGACAAUUACAAUUGUUUUCUAGCAGUAUUAAAUUCAAAAGGAUCAUUUUAUUUAGGUUUUAAGUAAUUUUUAAAUAUAAAAAUGUGUGAUUUCAAAUGCUACUAUUUAGAAUUAUAAAUAUCUGGAAAAAGAAUGGCAAAGAGCCUUCGCACUAUACCUCAAACUAAGACCAUCGCAGAAUAUAAAACCCAACAACAAAGAUUUGUACCAGAAACUUCUUUAAACCAUGAAGACAAUGUAUCAUUCCAAGUUACUAAUGAUGCUGACUUCUCAUUCUUUAUUCAUCUCAAAGAUCACUUUGACUUUUAAGCUUCACUACUAAAAUUCCUAUGGAAUGAAGAAAGUCAAAGAUUUCCCCUCAUAAUCCUUAAUAAGGUGAUGAUCUUCUGCUGGAACACAAUCUGCCAUGAUGAACAGUGCUCUCCUCACUCUCUCCUUUCUUGGCCACUAUGGUCCUUACUCCUAGUUCUUCUCUGAUCUCUUCCUUUCUCUUCCAGUGUUUCUUUAUCUUCCCUAAAAUAUCAAGGUGUUCCAAGAUUCCAAUUCUAGCAUUCUAUACUCUGCACUGUGUCAAGAGCCUCUUGACUGGCUUCUCUGCCUUUUCUUUUCAAUACAUACUUUAUCCUAAUGUUAGAGCAAUUCUUCUAGAAUACCUACCUGGCUGUAUCCAUUUAGGCUUAAAAAUCUUUGUACUCCUCUCUUCCCCAAAUACUUGUCCCUAGCACAAAUUUCGUAAGAGAAUAAAGUAGGCAUUCAAAGAAAGUUUACACCUUGACCCUAAACUUCCUUUUCAGUCUCACUGCCAACCAUUUCCUUCUAUUUAUUAUAUGCCCUUGUUCUGUCACAUUAUUUUUACAACAAGCUGUGUACUUUCAAGACCUUGUUUGCUACUUCUGUCACUCAACUGUCCUUCAAUUUUUCAUUUAUGGGAUGAAUUCUAACCUAUUCUUUAAGGUAUACUUUGUUAAUAUUUCUUACCUCUGCAUGGAUUUAUCAAUUCCUUAAUUAUGCUUUUAUAAUCUAUAACAAUAUUAUGACUACAUCCUCCUGGUAUUUUUAUGGUCUUCUUUCCAUGUUAGGAAUGAGAGAUUUCCUAAAGCAGAUUUGCCCCUUACUUUGUUUUUAUGACUCUUGUAAUAUAGUGCCCGGUAAAGAGAAGACAAAGGAUAUGCAUUUUUUAAACAAAUAAUUAAGACCAACCAUAAUAAAGGUAUUUUCUCAUAUGCAUGAUACUGUUUAUUUAACUUGCUAACUGGCAUUUGCAAAAUAUUCAUUGAUCCAAAUUGCCCAUUGUGCCUUUGGUACAGGAUUUGCUAAUAUGUAUAUGCACUAAUAAACAAAUUACCAUCAAGUGGACUAUCACUUGAACUAUGAAGUGUCAGUUUUUACAUACUAAAAUUCUAGUUGCAUCUAUCUAACUAUCACUGUUUAGUUGAUGAAAUAUUAAACAAAAAGAUAUUGCUUUAAAAUGACACUAAAAUGAAUUUUACUGCAUUGAAAGUAAUUUAUAAGACAAUUUAUACUCUUGUUUAGGCAAUCAUGUACAUUUAGUAAGCAUUUUUAUAGUUGGUUGAUCUAAAACCAUAAUAAAAGAUUCAAUCUAAACAAAAAUUCAUUAAAGGAAAUGAUCAUCUUACUAACACGGAUAUAUGUAUCUGAGUUUUUGCAAUAAUUAUCUGAUACCCCAGUUUACUGAAAGAGAAAAUAAAAUGACUGCCUCACCUGAACAAGAGAAAGAAUCCAUAAAUUUCGAAGAUCAUGCCUAUCAAAGGCCAACCAAUAAGGACUACAAAUACACCACCUAGGAAAAAUCCUGUAGCUUUCAUUUUAUGUUUUUGGAAGAAGAAUCUGAAUGUUCUUUCUAAACCAAUUACAAAAGCCAAGCCAGCCACAAAUAAAACCUAGGAGAGAAAGAAAACGCAACAUAGGAAAGGUAGUUAAACACACAGCAUAAAUUUGAAAAGUAAGGUCAAAGCUAAAUAUAAUAAAAAGCACAUUUGACUUUUAACAUGGGCAACUGGCCAGAGAAAACUGCAAUAUACGACCAAGAAACAUAACCAAGGACUGGGUUUAAGCAUGUUAAAUCGUAGUUGUAUUCCACUUGUCUCAUUCCUUUCUUAUUUGAUUAAAAGGCAAAAAAGAGAAACAAAAAAAGAUGUUACAAAGGGGAAUCUGCAUUUGCAGUACUUUCCCUAAUGUGGCUGGAUGGGGAUAGCUUAAUGGAGUGAUAAGCUGGCAAGGCAUAAGACAGGAAAGCUGCCUGUAGACAUGUUAUCCAGAGGUAUUCCUCCUGGUUCUGAA